AUGUUCGUUCUUUGCCUGCAUCAUUUUCUGUUAUGGCUAUUUUUACAUCCGCCAUUUUCAUUACCAUCUUCUGUUUCUCCUCCACCACCUCCUCCUCCCCCUCCGCCGUCUUCUUGUUCGUGUUCUUGUUCUUCUUGUUCUUCUUAUCGUUCACCUCGUUCUCCCUCUUCUUCUUCUUCAUCUUCUUCUACUUCUCCACCUCCUCCUCCACCAAAUCUAUCUUCUCUUCCUCCUCCUCACCAUUGUCCUCCUCCGCCUUCUUCUUCUCGUUCACCUCCUUCUCCCUCUUCUUCUUCUUCUUCUUCUUCUUCUUCUUCUUCUUCUUCUUCUUCUUCUCCACUAAAACCACCACCUCUUACUCAUCCUUCUUCUUCUUCUUCUUCUUCAGGCUUGUCAUUUUCUACUACUUUUCAUGUUCCUCCAUUACAAUCGCUAUUUAAAUUUAUUUCUAUUUUUCCAUCUUCUAUUCUCUUUUUUCUUUCACGUUUUGUUAUUCUUAACUUUCUUUCAUUCUUCUUCGUAUUCCUUCAUUUCGAUUUUUCUUCUUCAUUUUCAUCAUUUCAACUUCUCCCUCUUCUUGCUACUACUACUACUACUACUACUACUAGUACUAAUACUAAUAAUUCUACUACUAAUACUAUUACUUGUGUUCAUCAUCGUUUUCUUCUAAUCUUUCUUCUUGCUCUCAUUAUUUGUAUAUUCAUUAUAAUUAUGUUCUCCCUUCUUUCGUUUAUUCCCUUCCGUAGACACAUUAUCAGUCUGUUUCUAAUUAUUAUACAGAUUGUCUGCCCUUGCUUGAUUUUCAAACUGCUAAUGUCUGGCAAGAUACGAAUUACCAAUUACAUGAAGACACAUCUGUCGUUGUGUAUUUAUUUCAUCCUUUCUUUCAUUUAUGAUUGGCUUCUUUUCUAUCUAUCUAUCUAUCUAUCUAUCUAUUUUAGUGUAUUUAUUUCAUCCUUUUUUUCAUUUAUGAUUGGCUUCUUUUCUAUCUAUCUAUCUAUCUAUCUAUUUUAG